AUGUAUGUUGCAAGUUGCAACAAUGCUCUUUCAUCUUCAUCUUGUACAUCAAAGGCCAACAACAUGACAGCCCCUGCUGCCAGCAACCACCUUCUUCACCCAACAACAGCAGACCCAUCCCAGUCCCAGCCCAGCUUCAGAGCAAACUCAGCAGCAGGCCUCGGGGUCAGAGAGAUCACGCUACCCAAUGGCGACGUCUACUCCGGCACGCUCUCAUCAUCAUCAUCAUCACAUUCGCAGCAGGUGCCCGAGGGCACGGGCCGCUACGUCUGGGCCGCCGGCAGCUGCUGCGUGUACGAGGGCGGGUGGAAGAGGGGCGCGAGGCACGGCCAUGGCAGAACCCUCUGGCCCUCCGGGGCCGUCUACGAGGGCGACUACUCCGCCGGGUUCAUGGACGGCCAGGGGACCUAUGUCGUCGGCGUCGCCGGCCCCUGCACCACCAGCUCCUCUUCAUCAUCAUCAUCCUAUAACUACAAGGGGCAGUGGAAGCUGGACCGCAAGCACGGCCACGGCCUCCAGACGUACCCCAACGGGGACACAUUCGAGGGCUCCUGGGUGCAGGGCCACAUGGAGGGCCAUGGCUGCAGGUACACCUGGGCCAACGGCAACACCUACGUCGGCACCAUGAGGAACGGCACCAUGUUCGGCAAAGGGGUGCUCACAUGGAGCGCCACCGGGGACUCGUUUCAGGGGAACUGGCUCGACGGCGCCAUGCACGGCUACGGGCUCUACACCUGGGAGGACGGCGGGUGCUACCUCGGGACGUGGACCAGGGGACUCAAGGAUGGAAAGGGCACAUUCUAUCCUAAGAAGUGCAGACUUCCUGCCAAUCACCAGCUCUACAUCGAUGAUCUGAGGAACAGGGGCGUGCUGCCUGAUGACAUGUCAACAAAUGACACCUCCUCUUCUUCCCUCGAUGCGAAGGCCGACACAGAUCAAGAGCCUGCUGCUGCACCAGCACAUCUUAACAAGUCCUGGAGAAACUUGAGCUUGGAGCGGCCUCCGGUAAAGAAGCCGUCUCUGCAGAGGCGCUGGAGCAUCGGAGUGGCCAUCGACAAGAUCAUCGGCGCUCAUGAGCCAAUAAGUGGUGCAGGUUCUGAAACACAAACACAACAAAACAUGGCUGCUUGUUCUAGCCUGCCGAUACUGGAAAGGGAGUACGCGCAGGGCGUUCUCAUCAGCGAGGUCGUGCUGAACAAGAGCUGCCUGGAAGACUCGUCCAAGAAGCUGAGCCGUCGGCAGAGCAGGGCGGCCAAGGAUGUCAAAAGGCCAGGGGAGAUGAUAAUCAAAGGGCACAGGAGCUAUGAUCUGAUGCUCUGUUUACAGCUUGGGAUCAGGUACACGGUUGGGAAGAUUACGCCGAUUCAGAGGCGUCAAGUGCAAGCCUCUGAUUUCGGCCCCAAGGCUAGUUUCUGGAUGAACUUCCCCACAAAAGGAACACGGCUUACUCCUGCGCACCGUGCUGUCGAUUUUAAGUGGAAGGACUACUGUCCGGUGGUCUUCAGAAAUUUGAGGGAGAUGUUCAAGCUUGAUACAGCAGAUUACAUGAUUUCCAUUUCUGGAAGUGACGCGCUUAGGGAGCUGUCGUCUCCUGGAAAGAGUGGAAGUAUGUUUUUCUUAUCGCAAGAUGACCGCUUCAUGAUCAAGACUCUUCGCAAAUCUGAAGUGCAGGUUCUUUUGCGUAUGCUUCGAGACUAUUACCGCCAUGUCCAUACUUAUGAUAACACACUCGUGACUAAAUUUUUUGGCCUCCACCGGGUGAAACCUUCCAGCGGGCAAAAGUUCAGAUUUGUAGUGAUGGGCAACAUGUUCUGCACACAACUUAGAAUCCAUCGAAGAUUCGAUUUGAAAGGUUCAUCCUUAGGCAGAUCUACUGACAAAGUUAAAAUCGACGAGAACACGACGCUCAAAGACCUGGAUCUGAACUACUCAUUUUAUCUCGAGCCUUCUUGGCGGGAUGCUUUGCUCAAGCAGAUUGAGAUCGACAGCGAAUUUCUGAAGAAUCAGGGCAUAAUGGACUACAGCUUGCUUCUUGGUUUCCAUUACCGGGCUCGCCAAAGCCUUGUAAGAGGAGGGUCAUUGCCUGAAAGCAUUUUGCAAGAUAACAAACUAGCCGUUCUUUCGGAACAAGAUGCCAUGGAGGAUGAUACCGCCUAUAACGACUACCGCGAAGGGCUGGUUUUGGUGCAGCGAGGCAGCAACCAAGAUGGUAAAGUCGCAGUCGGCCCUCACAUAAGAGGGAGCCGCCUGCGAUCAUCGUCUGCUUGUUACGAGGAAGUGGAUCUCCUGCUUCCAGGCACAGCAAGGCUUCAGAUCCAGCUAGGGGUGAACAUGCCGGCGAGAGCAGAGAAACAAGAGAAAGACGGCGGCAAAUCGCUCCGUCAGGUGUACGACGUGGUGCUCUACAUAGGGAUCAUCGACAUCCUGCAGGAGUACAGCAUGAGGAAGAAGGUGGAGCACGCCUACAAGUCCAUCAAAUACAACCCCCAGUCGAUAUCGGUCGUGGAGCCCCGGUUCUACUCGGAGCGCUUCCUCAACUUCAUCCGCACCGUCUUCCCAGAAAACUCACCCAACCAAUAA